AUGCGAAACAUUGAUUUAGAAACGACAAACAUUUAUCACGCGCUUUUAUUUGGGAAAAAUUGGUGGAAUUUUCUUCAAAAAAUUGCUCCAAAGGUGCCAACCACAAUCAACCAAGAACUUAAGGACGAUCUUUUAAAAUGCAACACGUCAAUGCUGGAGGUUAGAUUUGGGCCUAAACCAACAAGAGCGGAUUUGCCAAAAAUUGAAGAGUUCUUAAAUAUUGAUUUGUAUCUAUUGUAUGGAGGAAAAUACAGCCCACUUGGUAUAUCAUACAGACCGAGUAGAACGGCUGAAGUGUUGAGCAUUCGCAACGUUUUGGAAAAGUACGAGUCUGGCCACACCAACAACGAACAUGUUGAUCGACCGCUUGUUAUUCUGCAAAGUGCUCGCCCCUAUUUUCAUACACUUGGUCCUUUUUACGUUAUUCCAACACGAAAAGUCGCUGAGGAGCGGGACCGCGACUGGAUAAAUUUGUGGCGAGCUAUUGUAAAAUAUCGUUGGCCAAAAUUGAACAAAACCGAACAAGACGAAAAAAUUGUCGAAGUCAAACGUGAGAUGUGCAUCGAUGAUCGCGAAAUGUUUAGUAUUGCCGACGGUGUUUUUCAACGCAUAAGAACACGUUACCAAUUGCCAAUUCGUCUCUUUAUUGGCAAAAUUGUCAACGACAAUGUUAACAACAAAGUGUGUUUCUACGCCACAAAACCAAUCUUGGGAAAAAAUCCGCUCAAUUUGCUUGUUGGAAGUUAUACUCCGGACGAAUUCGAGAUUGAAUUUAAAAAAUUUGCGGGAGUUUCCUACAACGAAUUACGACGGAACCCGUGGCGCAAUCCCGUUCUUGCAGCGGAUGGCGAAUAUCAACGCGAGCGACGCCUUGACGCGGAUCGCGGUUUUGCCGCAAAUGUUAUUGAUGAAGGCGAUGUGGAUGCCGCGGGGCUUGUCGAAGGCGCAACUUAUGAAACCGACGACAACGACAAUGAAAGUGUUGUUCUUGAUGAAGGCGAGUUUGAGGAAUAUGACGGGGGCCUCGGCGCAAACCCGUUUAUUGACUCGAUGGCUGCAGAAGAUGACUGCAACUCUGACGGGACCGACGAUUGUGAUGGAUAUGACUCGUAUGAUGAGAGGGAAGAUGAUGCUGUUUAUCGUCCGAUUCGAAAUUUGGCGGCACUUGUGCCAAAUGUUUUUAGCGACAACACUCUCUGCCGAAUUUUGCAUCGUGGUGAAGUUAUCGAUAUGCCUGUUUGCCCGACUAAAAACUGUCUUUACUCUCAUCAAAAAGCGUCUUAUAUGCGUGCACACGUAAAAAUUGCACAGCCGAGACAUCCUGCAGAAUUCGUCAAUCAGUUCUUGGACCCCGUGUUAUUGACUUUGUCAAAGAAUUAG